AUGAGCCACGACAAGGAGAAAAAAGGUUCUGGCUCUGAGACGAGCGUGACCAACCGCCAACUCAACGUGAGACCAUUUCAGAUCAACGAUAAUCGCACUGAAACUGCUUCAGGAUGGGAGAAAUGGCUACGGAAUAUUGAAAGACAGUUUCGCUACUUUGGGAUCACAGACCCAGAGAUGAAGAAAGACGGUUUAAUCAUUUACAGCAGUCAAAUAAUCGCAGAUUUAGAAGACACACUUCUCAACGCUACAGACGACGAAGCCAGUGAAGAUGCCUAUGCACAACUCAUAAUGAAGCUCAACAAACAUUUUCUACCAAAGAAGAACAAAGAUUUUGCUAGAUUUCAGUUUGGAAAUCUGAGGCAAAACCACGAUGAAUCGCUUGUUCGAUACUAUACACGCAUCAGGGAAAUAGCAAAGAAAUGCAGUUUCUCAAACAAGAGCGAAGCUAUUCGAGACCACUUAAUAUGCAAGAAUUGGAUGCUCAACCAAAUUCUAGAAGAAGCUGAGUUGGACGAAGAAACCUAA